AUGUCUGAUUGCAUCAGGAUCGCGGUUAGGUCCACAGUGAAGGAAUUCGAGCCAAGGACAUUCGAGUUUUUUCCAGAUAGCACCGUCGGCGAUCUGCGGAAGAAGGUUGCUGAGGCCAUCUCCGCAGAGGCGCCCACCAUCCGUCUCAUUCUCAACGCAUCUAUCUUGAAUGAUGACGGUAUUCUACUGUCGAAGGUUCCAAAUAUCACUCAGGAUACCGUAGUAUUCACUCAGGCUAAACCUCGCGGAAGGAUCCUUGAAGCGCCUCCCAGCAGUUCUGCCGCAGGGGUCGCGCAGGCCCGGCAAAUUGAAUCGGCUGCUUCGCGAGAUCCUCAUGCUGAGGUGCAAGACUCCUCGUCCGGAUCCAAUUCAGAUGCCUUAGAACUAGACCCAGUUAGCAACAACUCGGACCUCGUCGCACAGCUAGUAGAGACCUUUUCCUGUAGGCCACGGCUGGCGCAGAUAUCGCUCGAGCUGGCUAAUAACAACAUGGAUCUGGCAGCUGCCAUCAUCGCCGAAGAUCCGACAGAAGAGGAUCUCGAGGACACCCUCCGGCACAUGGGCGCGGCCAGACACAGCCACAGACCACACAUGUACAGCACCGAGGAGCUAGAGCAGAUACUCCAGACACCGAACUUCUUGGAGAUGUUUACAACCCAGAUAUCCGACUGGAGCCCCAAUCUGGUGCUGAGAUUCAACGAGGAUCGCGACUUGCUCCUUGAGGUGCUCCACCUCUACCUGAACAUGAUCGAGGCAGGGAUGGCCGGGAGAGGGAUCCUUAUUCCAAGGGAAAGGGCGCCGCCGCAGCCUGCAGAGCAGCCCCCUCCGCUGACCGCGGACGACGAGGACAACAUCGCCACGAUCAUCGGGAUCUGUGGUGGCGACCUGAACUACAACCGGGUGAGGGAGGCAUAUGUCAGGCUCGGGCGCGACAUGAACGCGGUGGUUUCUGUGAUCAUGGACCAGCGAGAGUACUUUGAGAGGGAGUGA